UCCCAAGAGUUUGCUGCGGCUCUUCGCUGGUGAGGAGGCGGCGGCACUCGGCGGGCUUCCCGGCUCCCCCCCUCUGCGGUCUUUGGCGGUGGACUAGUGGCCCAAGUGCCCAUGGCAAUCUCCGCCUGGAGCCACCUGCGGAGCGCCGUUGGUAGGCAGAGGCCCUGGAGGCAGGGCUGCCUAAGCGCCCCCUGGGCACCUCUCUCUUUUGCCCGCCGUUGCAGUAGCGGCCGUGGCAGCGAUCACGGGGGGCGAGGUGAGCCGCGCGCCCCCUCCAUGAGAGGAAGUUACUGGCAGCUGUGCGAGCGGGCAGCCCGGGAGCCCGGUCCUUUCUGGGGGGAGCUGGCACGGGAGACGCUGCAAUGGGAGACCCCGCACCACACCGACUGCGAGUGGGAUUUCGCGCAGGGCCGGAUCCGCUGGUUCUUAGGCGGCCGCUUAAAUGUGGCGGUUAACUGUUUGGAUCGGCAUGUGCAACAUACACCAGACAAAGUAGCUUUGAUUUGGGAAAAAGAUGAACCUGGUACUGAAGAAAAAGUAACUUACAGGGAACUUUUGAACAUGACUUGUCGGCUUGCUAAUACCUUAAAGAGAAAUGGUAUAAAAAGGGGGGACCGAGUUGCUAUCUAUAUGUCUGUAUCUCCAAUGGCAGUGGCUGCCAUGUUGGCUUGUGCCAGAAUUGGUGCAGUUCAUACAGUUGUAUUUGCUGGAUUCAGUGCAGAAUCUUUAGCAGGGAGGAUAAAUGAUGCUAAAUGUAAAGCAGUAAUCACCUGUAACCAGGGAAUCAGAGGUGGACGGAUCAUAGAACUGAAGAACACUGUGGAUGAAGCUGUAAAGAACUGUCCAAGUGUCAAGUAUGUCUUUGUGGAUCAGAGAACUGACAACAAAAUCAAUACAUGCAGUCAUGAUAUUCUCCUUGAAGAAGAGAUGGCUAAGGAAGCAUUGGUUUGUCCCUCUGAAAUCAUGGACAGUGAAGAUAUGCUUUUUAUGCUUUAUACUUCAGGAAGCACAGGAAAACCUAAAGGAAUUGUUCACACCCAGGCUGGCUAUCUGCUUUAUGCUGCCGUAACACACAAGCAUGUCUUUGACAUCAAACAAGAUGACAUUUUUGGUUGUGUAGCAGAUAUUGGUUGGAUCACAGGACACAGCUAUGUUGUCUAUGGACCACUUUGCAAUGGAAGCACCACAGUUUUGUUUGAAAGUACUCCUGUUUAUCCAGAUCCAGGUCGCUAUUGGGAAACUGUGGAAAGAUUAAAAAUUAACCAAUUUUACUGUGCUCCAACUGCAUUACGUUUGUUGCUGAAGCAUGGUGAUGAAUAUGUGAAGAAAUAUGACAGAUCUUCUCUUACUACUCUUGGUUCAGUGGGAGAACCGAUAAAUCAUGAAGCUUGGCACUGGUACUACAGUGUGGUAGGAGACAAAAGGUGUACCCUUGUGGACACUUGGUGGCAAACAGAAACUGGUGGCGUUUGCAUUGCUCCUCGGCCUUCAGAAGAAGGAGCUGAAAUCAUUCCAGCUAUAGCAAUGCGGCCUUUCUAUGGGAUCACCCCAGUGCUACUGGAUGAGAAUGGAAAAGUUUUAGAAGGCAAUGAUACCUCUGGUGCUCUCUGCAUUGCACAGCCCUGGCCUGGUAUAGCACGGACUAUCUAUGAAGACCAUCAGCGUUUUGUAGAUGCUUAUUUCAAAACUUACCCAGGUUAUUAUUUCACAGGAGAUGCUGCUUAUAGAACGAAAGAAGGCUAUUACCAGCUAACAGGGCGAAUGGAUGAUGUCCUAAACAUCAGCGGACACAGACUUGGAACCGCAGAAAUUGAAGAUGCCAUGGAUGAACACCCUGCAGUUCCAGAAACAGCUGUGAUUAGCUAUCCCCAUGAUAUCAAAGGGGAAGUUGCAUUAGCUUUUAUAGUGCUAAAAGAUGACAUGGCAGAUACAGACAUAAUUAUCAAAGAGAUAAAGACAAUAGUUGCCGCCAAGAUAGCCAAAUAUGCUGUUCCUGAACAUGUUCUGGUAGUGAAACGUCUUCCCAAAACUCGUUCAGGGAAGAUAAUGAGAAGGUUGCUACGGAGAAUAGUGACAGACGAUGUUAGUGAUAUGGGAGAUAUCACCACACUAGAUGAUCCCAGUGUCAUAGAAGAAAUACUUGAAACAUAUAAGAAAUACAAACUUAAGCAUCCUAUUCUAUAAUGGACUAUUGUGAAGAUGACUUCUGUUAAGAAGGUGAAGGAACAAAAGGAACGGUCAAAUUUAUUCUUGCUAUGUCAAAAAGCUAUUCAUGUAAAAUCCAAAGCAUUAUGUUUCCUGAAAAGAAUGUGUAUUGUAGCAGUUUACCUAGUGCACAUACUUCAUUGAGUUUAUAUUUUAUCUUUCUUUGAAAGCAUGGAAAAAAUAAUUUUCAAACUGCUAUUUAAGACUGUCUUUGUUAAACAGAAUAUAGAACCUUAAGGAAUAAGUUUGAAUUUAGCCUUAAUAUUUUUGCCUCAGAUAUAUAAAACACUCCUUUAAAGUCA